AAGAGAGAGAGAGAGAGAGUGACUGAAUGAGUGGGGCUUUAGAGCGAGAUUAGAGUGUGUGUGUGUCUGUGCGUGUGAGUGUGUCUGUGUGUCUAAGAGAGAGAGGGAGAGAGUGGGAGAGGCCAUUCCCAAGAGGUUUGGUCUAAUUCCCAGUGGUAGAAGUUCUUUGCACAGCAGAACCAGUAACAGACUGCUUUGUCUGAGUAACCUACUCUUCUGUAUUCUCAACAUCAGGUCACUGCAGACGGACAGAAAAACCUUAAGGUUGUUUUGGGACCCAAAGUGCUAGAAAGGUGAGGAGUGUGUGUGACACAUUGUGUGUUGGAGAGAGUGUGUGCUUGUGCGUGUGUGUGUGUGUGUGUGUGAGAGAGUACAAGGAUGACCAGGAGGUCAGUUAAUGGUGAGGGGACUGGGGUGAACAACACCCCCCAAAAUGGGGGACACCCGGGGGAUACCCCUGCCCCAAAAGAGGAGCCUGAUGCUCUGAACGGAAAGGUAGAGUUGAGGAAGAAGGUGACCCUGCUUCGGGGAAUCUCCAUCAUCAUCGGUACCAUCAUCGGAGCGGGAAUCUUCAUCUCGCCCAAGGGAAUCCUGAAGAACUCUGGGAGUGUUGGAAUGUCUCUGGUGGUGUGGAUUGCCUGCGGAGUGCUGUCCCUGUUCGGGGCCCUGUCCUAUGCAGAGCUGGGAACCAGUAUCCAGAAGUCCGGGGGACAUUAUACCUAUAUCCUGGAGGCCUUUGGACCACAGAUGGCCUUCAUACGCCUCUGGGCUGACCUCAUCGCCAUCAGACCUGCAGGGUUGGCAGUGAUAUCCCUGGCCUUUGGACAAUAUAUCCUGGAACCCAUAUUCAUGCCGUGUGGAGUGCCCGAGAUUGCUAUCAAACUGGCCACCUCUAUAGGAAUAACAUCAGUGAUGUAUCUCAACAGUAUGAGUACGAGCUGGACAAACAGGAUUCAGAUCUUCCUCACCUUUAGCAAGCUGCUGGCCAUCGCCAUCAUCAUCGUACCUGGCCUCUAUAUGCUCUUCAAAGGGGAGACGAAGAACUUUGAGAAUGCAUUUGAGGUCAGUAAUAUCAAGCUCACAGGACUUCCUCUGGCCUUCUACUCUGGGAUGUACGCCUAUGCUGGGUGGUUUUAUCUGAACUUUGUAACCGAGGAAGUAGAGAAUCCAGAAAAGACUGUCCCAUUGGCCAUCUGUAUCUCCAUGGCGAUAGUCACUUUCUGCUACGUGUUGACUAACGUGGCAUACUACACUGUGAUGUCAGCAGAGGAGCUGUUGGCAUCGCAAGCCGUCGCCGUGACGUUUGCAGGGAAGAUGAUGGGGAACUUUUCGGUGGCGGUGCCGGUAUUUGUAGCCUUGUCGUGCUUUGGUUCGAUGAAUGGCUGCUUGUUCGCUUUCUCAAGAAUGUUCUACGUGGCAUCACGCGAGGGCCAUCUACCUGAGGUUUUGUCCAUGAUCCAUGUCCGCAGACACACUCCUUUGGCAGCCGUCCUCGUUCUGUACCCUAUGACGGUGUUCCAGCUGUUUGUGGGAGACAUCUACAGUCUGUUGAACUUCAUGAGCUUCCUUCGCUGGCUCUUCAUUGGCGUGGCUGUGCUGGGCCUCAUCUACAUGAGAUACACACGCCCUGACAUGCCACGCCCUUUCAAGGUUCCUCUUUUCAUUCCAGCCAUUUUCUCAUUCACCUGUUUCUUCAUGGUGUUCCUCUCUCUUUACUCCGACCCCAUCAACACAGGGAUAGGAUUCGCCAUCUCCCUGACAGGAAUCCCAGCCUACUAUAUCUUCAUUGUGUUUGACCGCAGACCCAAGUGGCUACAGGAUGGUUUAGAUUCCUUCAACAGAUCUGUCCAGAUCAUCCUGGAGGUGAUCCCAGUGGAACACUGACACUCCUUCACACCAUAUCCCCACACCGAUGGCCUCUAUUGCACCGUUUCAUAGAAUAAAUUAUUAUGACUCCCCCAUCCUGCUGUCCUUAUCUAGGCAGGCUUAGCCCUGCUCUGCUCUCACAUUUCACAUUACCAAUUCAAACCGCCUGAAUACUCGCUCCUCUCUCCUCACUCAAGCAUUUGAAAUGGAAUGGCCAGGCAGGCAGGGAGGUGAGGCUGUGGCUGUGUGUGUGUGUCUCCCUGUGUGAGAUUUGCAGGUAAUCCAUCUCUGUAACCCCUAUACUCUGGCUCCAGUCUGCAGUGGGAGCCCAGCCUCUUAGAAAUGCAACAGCUUUUAUUGUUGAUGAGAUGCGGCAGAGCCAGGCAAUCCCUGUAAGCUUGGAGUAUAACUAUCUUUGGCAGCAAUCACAGCUAGCUUUAGUCAUCGUUACAGAUAGCAUUAGCCACAAUCACAGCUAGCGUUAGCCACAGUCGCAGCUAGCGUUAGCCACAGUCACAGCUAGCGUUAGCCACAGUCGCAGCUAGCGUUAGCCACAAUCACAGCUAGCGUUGGCCACAGUCGCAGCUAGCGUUAGCCACCGUCACAGCUAGAUUUAGCCACAAUCACAGCUAGAUUUAGCCACAAUCACAGCUAGCAUUAGUCAUUUUUAAAGCUAGCAUUAGCCAAAAUCCCAGCUAGCAUUAGGUCAAAGUCUUUGCUUGCCUUAACCAUUGUCACCUCUAGCAUUAGCAUUAGCCAUAGUCACUGACUGCUACACCUCAGACAACACUGGAUACUCAGUUUUCUCCAGAUCAUUCAGGAUCAGACUAUACGACACACAUAAAUGAAGCCUAAGGCUCCCUAUAGUUAUUUCUAUAUUUUAGGAAAUGAAGACAGAUCAGUGAGUGUUAAUUGAUGUGUUGUAUAGUCUGAGUAAGACAAGCACUCCCCUUGCACUAUCAGAACAGUAAACUCAUACUCAAUCUACAGAUGCCUGUGAAACAUGAUGUCCUUAAACACAUGACAACCAACAUUAAUGUGAUGUUUUAUAUUUUAUAUAUUUUUUAAAACAUGUAUGUUCAGGACAAGUGAAUGUUUUGAAAUUAUGCCCUGGAGAACCUGAUAUCCGAUUUAAUAGAACAAUAAAAAUAGAUUUUAAAAAUCA